CUGGGGUCCUGGAGGCAGUGGGCUGGCCCCUGCUCAGGGAAGAGGAACAGGGACAUCAAGCCUGUUGGUUCCCCACAUCACACUCUUCCCUAGACCUGCCCCUAGGUCCCACAGGUGACUGUUACUGUCACAGCCCCAAGGGGCCAUUCAGGACCAGGGUGGGGGCCGUGCUCUGGCCACAGCUUCCCUGUCCCUACACAGUCCGCAAAGCUGCAGCCACAGCCUGGGGUUCGAGGGGUACUCCCUGUAGAUGAUCACACAUACCACACCCCAGUAACACAGCACUACCCACUCCUUGCCUCACGCUCUAUCCUGGACCACAAGCCCAGAGCCAGUCAGUUCCCACUGGAGCCGACUCCCUGGUCCUCAGUUCCUGGGAGCUCCCGCCUCCCAGCCAGCACCGCCUCCAGCCUGGGGUCUGAGGCCUGGGAUUGUAAAAACCCUGGGAGAGCCUGCCCGCCUCCCACCCCCAUCUAGGCAGGCGCAGGCGCAGGCCUACAACAUGGUUGCAGGCGGAGAGGCCUUGGAAACGGAGGCCCUGCCUGCCAGAGCCUCGCGCAGGGCCAGAGAGGCUCCUGGGAGGCAAGGAGGCUUGACGCCCCGCUGGGGAGACUGUGGACGGGCAGGCCACGGAUGCCCCAAACUGGUCAGAGAAGGCCCCAGAGGCAGUAGGUGGAGGAAGGCGCGGGCCAAGUCAGGCCUUAGGGUCCAGAAUGCCUGGGCCUGGAGGCCUUGAGACCUUGGGGUGGACCUUGCCUCUCUCUGCUGGGCCUAGUAGGGCGCCGCGGCAGCAGGGCCUUCUCAGGCGGGCAGGCUGGCUGCCGGGUGGGUGGCAAGUGAGGGGUAGCACACGACCCGACCUGGCGGCCUUAACUCCUCCGACGUGUCCUCUGCUCCCUCGGCCAGUCCAGGCCCCGCCCCCGGCCCUCCCUGCACCGGCCGGGUGCGCGGGGAGGUCGGAGGAGCGGGCACUGCCCACCCUCCGGAUGUAUAAGCGUCCUGGCCAGAGGCGGGCGGUGCGCGCGGGUGCGCGUGACGCUCGGGCUCCCGAGCUGUGCGGCCUGGGCGGCGUCCCUCUGCUCGGGGUCCCCAGCCACGACAGUGAGCCGGCUGAAGGGGGCUGAGGGACGUUUGCUGGGCUGGGUCCUGUCUCGCUGCACCGAGAGGAAAGGACGACACCACGGCCCUGGGGUUGUCCGCCUGUGGCCAGUGCCGGAGCCCGAACUGCCCUCUCCUCACCCAGGUGCAGGGGCAGCCAGGGAGGAGGCAGCGGGAGGGGCCGAGGGCAGGAGCAGGGCAGGGCCCAGGCGGCCCCGCGGUGCUCCAUCGGUGCCCCACUGCCGCGGGCUGGGGCUGGGUGCUCCCAGUGUUGUAGCCGCCUCCCCUCCAGGGCUUUAGAAGCUGACGGUGCCUUCGCCGUACAGAGGGAAGCUGGCCUUGCGGGAGCAGCGGGAUAUUUGAGGGGCGCUGGUCACAGAGGUCCCCGGGAGCAGCGGGAUAUCUGAGGGGCGCUGGUCACAGAGGUCCCCAGGAGCAGCGGGAUGUUUGAGGGGCAGGGAGCUUGAAAAGCGGGAGGGCCUGUACUCACAGGGCGCUCCACCCGUCUGGGCCCCUUGGCUGCCACUGGCCCGAAGUGGGGGGCCGUGACGCCAUAAUCCCCUGGGUCCUGGGCUGGCGGCUGUGAGUGGCACCACAGGCCCCCGCCCCCGGGGCCCGUGGGCUGGGCCGGCCUCGGUGCGGCUGGGUGCACGCAGUCGGAGGCGGCACCGGCCAGGCCGCCGGGCGCCUAUGGACGCACGGAGCCCACUGUCUCCCCGGGCCAGCGCAUUCAGCAUCACCUCUCUGGUUGCAGCGGAGGCCUCGGAGCACACCACUCGCCUGGGCCCUGGGUCCUCCGAGCGGGUGAAGCUUCGCCGGCUGCUGGGAUCCCCGGCCGGGAUGCACUUCAGCACCGUCACCAGGGACAUGGAAGCCUUCACGGCCAGCAGCCUGAGCAGCCUGGGGGCCGCGGGGGGCUUCCCGGGCGCCGCGUCGCCGGGCGCCGACCCGUACGGCCCGCGCGAGCCCCCGCCGCCGCGCUACGACCCGUGCGCCGCCACCGCCCCGGGCCCGCCGCCGCCGCACGCCUAUCCGUUCGCGCCGGCCGCCGGGGCCGCCACCAGCGCCGCCGCCGAGCCCGAGGGCCCUGGGGCCAGCUGCGCGGCCGCCGGCAAGGCGCCGGUGAAGAAGAACGCGAAGGUGGCCAGCGUGAGCGUGCAGCUGGAGAUGAAGGCGCUGUGGGACGAGUUCAAUCAGCUGGGCACCGAGAUGAUCGUCACCAAGGCCGGCAGGCGCAUGUUCCCCACCUUCCAAGUGAAGCUCUUUGGCAUGGACCCCAUGGCCGACUACAUGCUCCUCAUGGACUUUGUGCCCGUGGAUGACAAGCGCUACCGGUAUGCCUUCCACAGCUCCUCGUGGCUGGUGGCUGGGAAGGCGGACCCUGCCACGCCAGGCCGUGUGCACUACCACCCUGACUCGCCCGCCAAGGGUGCACAGUGGAUGAAGCAAAUUGUGUCCUUCGACAAGCUCAAGCUGACUAACAACCUGCUGGACGACAACGGCCACAUUAUUCUCAACUCCAUGCACAGAUACCAGCCCCGCUUCCAUGUUGUCUACGUGGACCCCCGAAAAGAUAGUGAGAAAUACGCCGAGGAGAACUUCAAAACCUUCGUGUUCGAGGAGACGCGCUUCACCGCGGUCACUGCCUACCAGAACCACCGGAUCACGCAGCUCAAGAUCGCCAGCAACCCUUUCGCCAAAGGCUUCAGAGACUGCGACCCUGAGGACUGGCCCCGGAACCACCGGCCCGGGGCCCUGCCGCUCAUGAGUGCCUUCGCGCGCUCGCGGAACCCGGUGGCCUCGCCCACGCCGCCCAACGGCGCGGAGAAAGACGCGGCCGAGGCUCGGCGAGAAUUCGAGCGCGACGCGGGCGGGCCGGCCGUGCUCGGGGACCCGGCGCACCCGCCGCAGCUGCUGGCGCGGGUGCUGAGCCCCGCGCUGCCCGGGGCCGGGGGCGCCGGCGGCCUCGUCCCGCUGCCCGGAGCGCCCGGAGGCCGGCCCAGCCCCCCGCACUCCGAGCUGCGCCUGGAGGCGCCCGGCGCGUCGGAGCCGCUGCACCACCACCCCUACAAGUACCCGGCCGCCGCCUACGACCACUACCUCGGGGCCAAGAGCCGGCCGGCGCCCUACCCGCUGCCCGGCCUGCGCGGCCACGGCUACCACCCGCACGCGCACCCGCACCACCACCACCACCACCCCGCCGUGAGCCCCGCCGCGGCCGCCGCCGCCGCCGCCGCGGCCGCGGCCGCCGCCAACAUGUACUCGUCGGCCGGGGCCGCACCGCCCGGUUCCUACGACUACUGCCCCAGAUAACCGGGCGCCCGCACAGCCCGGGGGCCGGCAGAAAACGCGCUCCCCCAGCCCCGGGGCCACCGCGGGCUCCCCUUCCCCUGCCUCGAAGCCAUCAGGGUCCUAAGCCCUCCAGCCUCGAGAGCCGUGGAAGUGUCCGGCUCCCCAGUCCGGGAGCCACCGCGGGUCCCUCCCCAGCCCCGGGGACCCGGGUCUGCCCGCCAGUGCCAAAGCGCCGGUUAGCGGCGGAAGGAAGUGUAUUUAUUGUUCUCUGCGAGACCGUGUCAGUUGCAGUGUAGACGACCCGAGAGCUCCGUCUGCAGGCCGUGUAGAUACGUGUAGAUAAUUGUAGAUACUGUAGAUACCGCGCCGGCGCCCACUUGAUAAACGGUUUCGCCUCUUUUGGAA